CCGAUGUUGUAUUAUGGAGGGCAGGAAUGUCCAUGUGUCGACUUACUAGUUGUUCGUUUUUUUCUGUCUUUUUUUUUCCUCCUCCGUAUCCUUUCAAUUGUCCUCCGUGGUGGCUACAGUGGGAGAACUAGCGGGCUAAGCUAACCGAGCUAGCUUAAACAGCGGAAUCCAACGGCUACUAGUUAACGGUUUGUCGUUAGUGGUUUGCCGUUAGUGGUUUGCGUCCAGGCGGUAAAAGCAGCUGCUGUUGUCCCGGUGCUGUCCGCUCUGACCUACUAUUUGCAUAUCCACUUCCACUCCUUCCUCAUUUGCAUACAGCAAGAAUGGCGAGCGGGCAUCCCACAGACAAAUUCAGUUUCAUGUAUCAACCAGACACGCACAAGAGUAAGAACAGGUUAGCUUCAGCUAUGAAUCCAGUCUACAGCCCCGUUCAGCCUGGCACCCCAUAUGGAAACCCUAAGAACAUGGCCUUUGCAGGCUAUCCAGGAGGGUAUCCUGCCACGGCUCCCACCUAUACACCCAACCUCUAUCAAACAGGCAGUCCUGGGUAUCCACCAGGAUAUACUUCAGCAGGCACCCCGUACAAAGUGCCCCCCACUCAGUCAAAUGGAGCGCCCCCUCCCUACACCCCGACCCCCACCCCAUACCCAACAGCCAUGUACCCCAUCCGCAGUGCCUACCCUCAGCAGAACAUAUACGCACAGGGAGCGUACUAUACCCAGCCAGUGUAUGCGGCUCAGCCACAUGUGAUCCAUCACACCACCGUGGUGCAGCCUAACAGCAUCCCCUCCACAGCCCUCUACCCCGCCCCGGUCCCUGUACCUGCCCCCCGCAACAACGGCAUGGCUGCCAUGGGGAUGGUAGCUGGGACAACCAUGGCCAUGAGUGCAGGGACACUGCUUACAACGCCCCAGCACGCCCAGAUUGGAGGACACCCAGUUACUGUGCCAACCUACAGGCCCCAGGGGACACCUGGGUACAGCUACGUACCGCCUCACUGGUAGAGCCCACCCAUCAUAUCUGGAGUCCACCAUCGUAUGCAACUGCUCAAAUCUUACACGGGCUCCCACUGGUAACCAUGGGAACUCGGCACCUGUCUGCAAGAACAAAACUAAAGUGCAACAGCCACUUUACUAUUAUUGUUAUUGUUAGUAUGCGACAUUCUCUAACGUUUUUACAAAAAGCUGCUUUUAUUAUUUUUUUUUCUCUGUUCAUUUGCCAACCAGUCAUUACCUUAUUUUGUAUGGCUAUUUUUUAUUUUAUCUCCUCAUUUUCUUUUGAUGUGUCUGUCAUUGGAACUCCAGAAGGACUCUUGACCAAUCACGGGUGUCAGUUGCUCCUGUUUCUGUGUUGUGCUGGUGUGUGUGUGGUCCUUCCUGCUGCUGCUGCUGCUCAGUUGGCUGGAAAAUAUUGGGCACUUAUUCCUCAUUAUCAUCUCCAUCAGUCACUUCAAAGACAUAUUGACUUAUGCUGCCAAAUUUCUAACAACUAGAUCUCAGCACAGGGUUUCAGCAUAAUAACCAUUUUAGUUAUCGGGUUAUUUAAUUUUUUUGAUUAUCUUUCUUUUUACCAUACUCGACAGAAUUACGUUUUUUACCCCUACCUUCCCUUCCCCUUUGUCUCUUUUUAUCAGCUUCGUUUAAUUUUCAGUUUAUUCUCAGUCGUCUUCCAGCGCAUAGCUGUAUGUCCGGCAGUAGUCAGUCCGUCAUCCCCGUUGUUACGUCUCCAUGUUCGUGCUAUGAGCAGAGCACUUACAGACCAUUACCCAUCCCGCUGCGUGUCCCACUCUUUCCAUACUAACAUAGUACACACUAAAAUAAAAAAACUCCUACUUCAUGCCACAUACUAUGCAGGCUAGUAUGUUGUGACACUAUCUAAAUCUUAACCUUAGAGUAGGUCAAUGCCUUUAGAAAAUGUAAGAAUAUUUAUAAUAACUGUCAACAGCAUGGGUGGUCGUGCACACUUUCUUACACACAAGCACACACACACACACACACACACUCAGACACACACAGGGGCUCCUGUGGUGGAAAAAACACAUGAUCACUUAGUGGCACUUACUUUAUAAAACCUCCAGCUACGUUGUUACUGAUCAACAAAAGCAAACACACACACACACACACACACACACACAUGAACAUUGGUCUGUAGCGGUGUGCAUGGCAGGCAGCAGAGAAGGAGUUUAAAGGGAUUGUGUUGGCGCAAAGAGAGAAGAGCAGGAUGAGUCAGGGAGAGCAGACGAGGAAGUAGGAGGAGGAGCUGGCAUAUUCACAGUCGGGUCAUUUCAUUUCAAGGUACAAGACAUUUUGUUUGUGGCGUCUCACCUGCAAGAGAGCACACAAACACUCAAGUUAAAACCACGCUAGUUUUUGCACUACAUGUGUUGUACAUUGAUUCCUCACUGUGAUUACAUCACCUCCUCCUCCCUUCCAGACAAGGACUUUGUAACCAAACACUUAACAAAUAGUAACCCAGACUCUUUUGAGGAUACAGGUAAAAAAUGGACUAGUGGAAAAAAAAACAACCUGUUGAUAGAUGGACAGAUAGGAUUUGGUGCGCUCGUUCAUUCCACAGUUCUGUGAGUGCUGAAAAGACCAAACACUGAUAUUAGUGGUUUUUGCACCACAUUUGGGAAGAUAUGUGUCCAAUCAGAGGGAUCUGGUGUGUAAACACCUGGUCCGUGUCAUGGGGAUGAUUUGUAAUUCUCUGAAUUUGGGUCCAAAUUUUUAAUUCAAUGGAUAUUUACAUGUGAAUUUCAAGAGCACUGAAGUAAAAAAAAAAAAAAAGUGCUGGUUUUAGUGUUCAUGGCUACAACAGUUUAAGAAUUUUAAGAUAUUUCAGCGAGAGCGCAGAGCCGUGAUGAUGCCAUGUCACUCAGUCGCUUGGUUUUUAACCAGUUCAGUCCAGUUGGCUUUUGGGAGUUUUUAGUAGUUUCAAUAAAAACAAGAUUAAUCUAUUUCUUCACUGUCUUUUUUUUUUUUUUUUUUUUUUUUGUUUGUUUGAAACACAUCUGCUUUUACUGACUGCAUUUCAACAUAAUUGUUUCUUUUGUUUUUAAAUCCAGCAUAAUAUUUUGAGGAUUAUAUUUGAGCCAAUGAGACAUGGACCAUGUACAGCCAUUUUCUGUUGCCUUUUAAUGCUUACACAUGUAAAGGCAUAUAUUCGGACGGCAGUAGGAUGACCCAUCCUAAUCAAACACUACUAACAUACCUGGUAGUGGUGGUGGGGUUCAAUAUGUAGGUGAGGCCUGUGGCAUUUUUCAGGAUUUACACACAAACACACACACUAAAAAAAAAAAAAGACUCAAAUGAAAACUUCAUAAUCUGUAAAGUACAGAUUUGUAUAACAAAAAGCAUUUACUGCGUGGGUAUGUAGAUGAAGUGGUUUGAUAUUGCAAUAAAAUAAGAGGGAAUGCCUCCAACUGUUAACAUACAGUGAUUAUUUUAUCAGCGUUUUGAAUUGAUUUUUAAAAAAAAUGCUUAUUGUUGUAAUCUCUAAAUAUGGAUUACAGGCUCUAUAUGCAGCCUCCAUUCAAUAAUUAUUACAGUUACUGCUAAGAAGAGAUGUAGAACAUAUCAAAAAAUUUGGGUAUUGAAUAACUUUGAGGAAAUAUUGCACAACAUAAGACAAAAAAAAACUUGACUAUAAUUUAAUGCUAAGUAACAGGUACUUAGGCUUUGUAGUGCAGGAGGGAGGAAGAAGCAAUUUAUAUUGUAAUUAAAAAUAAAACAAUAAGGUCGAGUGUUUGAGGUAUUCUUAGUCCAGAUGUUUGUACACUAGUAGGUUAAUUCUCAAGAAAAUAUUGCAUAAUGCCGCUGUCGGAUGAAAACUGUCAGAUCUUUGAGCCUUAUUUUUAAAGCGACCCUUGUAUUUUAGAAGAUAUCGAGUGAAUUUUAUCGGGUCAAAGUGUUCCCACCACGUUAAAGAUCUUGUACAUUUUAACUCAAGCCAGUAAAACUGAAAAGAAAACAGAAAGUUGGGUUUUCUUGCGACAGCAGUAAUGUUACUCGUCAUUAGGAUUUAUUUAACCAACCACUACUUCUGUCAGUAUUUCAAUUAAAUCUUUUUUUUUUUUCUUUCCCUCUGGUCAAUUGAGCAUAAUGGGUAUGCAUAAUAUUCAGGUGUAUUUCACUAUAGCAUUGGAUCUCUAAGUUUUAAAAAAAAAUGCAGUAUAUUUAUACAGCAAGUGGUACAGUAAUGUAUUUCUAGCUAAGCAUGGUUGCAUCAGUGUGGCAGCUACUGUUUGUGCUUUUAAUAUUAUUUCUUUUUUUACCUCUUCUGCAUCUUUGUCCUCUACAUAUCUGUCACUGAGGAGGGGAGAAGUUGGGACAAGGUCUGAACAAGCAUGUGGAUGUUUUUGUCACCAAAUCCCACGUUUUGAUUGAAUUUAAAGACUUUGAGGAAGAGGAUUAUUACAUAAGUGAAAUGGAUAGCUUUUUCUUUAUCUGGUUGAUGCCUCUGGAGGCCAUCUUUGCUGUCCGUUUCUCUUCUGUGGGUGCAAAGAUGUACUGAAAGAUGAACGGAAAAAAACCCUCUACGCCCCUUUUGUUCUGUGCCAUAUUUCACCAACUGUUAAGUGAAUAUUCGUUACUUUCUCCUUAGUAACUGGUGAAUUCUGAGUCCUUGUUAUGUCUAGCUUCCUGUGAAUCUGUGUUUUCCUAUUGCUGUCCUAUUCCUCAUAUUGUUGUUGAUGCAUAUUGCCUGUUUCACUUUUUCUCUUUGUUACUGUAUUCUCCGUGUUUAUCCUACUUUCACUUCAGAGGCUGUUUUGCAUCCCUGCAACCAUUCAAACAUUCAGGGAUGCAAAGUUAUGUCAGAUCAUAUGUUCUGCUCCCUCUCAUGUCCACUUUUAAGUUUCAUUUUUGGUCUUCAGUCUGACCUUUGCCACCCUCACCAGUAGCAGUCAUAAUAAACUCUAUAAUGGUCGUUAAAUUGGUGUCACUAAUGGUGAUAAUCUAUUGUAUUUUUUUUAAUUCUCCACUGAGCCUUUUGAAACACUAGGUGUCACCAGUGACCAAGUCUGGAAGUGGCAUCACCAUGGUUCAAGGCUUUGAGCCAAAAUCAGUAAAUGAUUUACUUUUAAUAAUCACAAUUGGAUGUCACAUUUUGAGCACUGAGAUUUUCUUUAUUUCUCAGAGUUUUUUUGGACCAAUGCUCCUAAAAACUGGUUCUUGUUUUUAAUGUGGCGGCUCAGUAGAGAGGCAGACCCACAACUAUUUGGGGGAGCUGAAUUUAAAAAAAAAAACUCCCACAGAGCAGGUUUUAGUUAUUCACUGCAUUCCUUGCCUCUCGUUUAUUUCAAUUUGCACUUAAGUGGAAAUGGAGAGUUUGGGACGCCUCGAUGUGUUCAGGGGAGGAAAUGCAAAGUUGUCUUAACCAUGGGUCUUCUGUCAUCUUUUUAUUUUCCUCAAUACUUUUGUCCUCUGUGACAUUUUCAAACGUUGAAAGAUGGUAACAUUAAUGACUCAGUUCUUUUUAUUAUUAUUUUUCUCCACCUCCAGUAUACUUUUAAUUCUGCCCUUCUUCACUUUGACAGUGAAAUUGCGAGCAGAACCAUUCAUAAACACUCCUCCUCUCCUUCCACCUCCCCUCUCGUCUUUUUUUGCCUUGCAGUUGCUAAGUCUUAGUUUUCAUGAGUAUAAAUUAAAACACUACUAUCACAGUGAAUAGUAGGCUCUUAAAUGUCUUUGAUGUUCUGCUGCAGCUUUUUAAUUUCAAUUUGUCAGAGAUAUCUCUUAGUUUAAUUUGACACUAAAUGUGAUGCAAAAAGUGGAAAUUCCUUGUCUUCCAAAAAAAAAAAGCGUACUCGUAUCCCCCCCCAGGAUCGAGUAUUAGGAACAACCCCAACUUUGGAAGUUUUAGUUUGGUACCCAGUUUGCACAUGCUAUGGUAUAUCUGUUACCGUAAGGUUGUGUUUGAAACUGAAGCCCAACGUCUGUUCAGCGUUGAGAGAAGUGAACUGUAUGUUAGCUAUUUGGUCCGGAGUGAAGGACCAGCGUCAGGCUUGUGAUAUGAAGUGUAAAUCUGUUUUUCAUUUUUGUUUUUUUAUGUUUUAUUUUUUUUUUUGUUGUUGAGGGUUUUUUUUAAAGAUCAGUUAGUGAUCUAGUACUAUAACUAAGCCAAGUUUGUAAUUGUAUAUUUACUGUAAAAUGUAGAACAUUGAAUAACUAUUAAAAUUUUCCUAUAAAAGGAA